CUAUGCUCCGCGGCCUCCGGCUCGUAGGCUCUAGCCCGGGAGCGAGCCAGUCUAAAAGAGCCAGCUGAGUCGGGAGGAGGAUCUAACCCAUAAGAGCCCCAGCCGCCUCCGGAGAACCUAAUGCUGUGACAGCUUGGAGGCGGCCAUGUCAGCCCGCGGAGCUGGAGCUCGCCCGGGUCUUUGACGGCAUUCUGGACUCCGUAGCUGCACGCUUAGGUGAGUAAGACAUGGAGAGUUUUUUAAUGAGACUUUGAUGGUCCAACAAAGGAUGCUCUAAUGGAUGACAGAGAAACUCCUAUAAAUGACCUACCGUUAGAAGCACAAGAUGGAUGUCAUACAGAUGACACAAUGGAAAGUACAAGACUUCCCCUGCCUUCUGUAUCAGAUGAAAAUGAAAAUCAGCUUGAUGGGAAUGGGUGUGAAGGUGUGACCAGCAGUGACAAUGAGAUGGGAAAACAUGAAAAAUUUGAACAGGACAAUCUCAACAAUAAUGAAAGCUGCAGCAGUUGUGAUAACUCUGUUACCCCAAGCUGUGAAGCAACAGCAAGUGAUAGCUCUGAAAAAAUCCACUCUGAAGGCCCCACAGAUGAAAAGUCUGUCACAGGAAAGGAGAAAAAAGGUCUUGGGGAAAAAAAUUCAAGAAACAAAAAAGGAAUUACAAAGUCAACACCAGGAUUUUCUUCAGGGGACACUGCAACAGUAAUGCAAGAAAAAAUCAUUGAUAUCUCUACCCAUGCUGGUCUUGAGGAAAGUGCUGCUGAAUCAAAUGCUAAUUAUCAACCAAAGGAGCCUAAACAAGUUUUGCAGUCUCUAUUCACCCUUAUCCGAGAUGAAUUUGAGCAACUGGAUUCAAGAAUUCUACCCCUUUGCCUUCAUCAGAUCGCGGAGACCUAUUUUCAAGACGAAGAUUAUGAGAAGGCAAUGAAGUUCAUUCAGCUUGAACGAUUAUAUCAUGAGCAAUUGCUUGCAAAUCUUUCUUCUAUUCAGGACCAGUGGGAAGCAAAAUGGAAAACAGCAGAACCACAUGCAGUUACAUCUCUGAGGAAUUCAGAAAAGGGAUUGAAUGGUGAAGAAUUCGAAAGACUUGCUAAACUUUGCACAACACACCAGGAGCCUCUUCUCUCAAAACAUAAGAUCAUAACUACAGAAAAGUCGGUGGAGGAGAUAUGUUUUACACAAUUAACAGUAAUUGAAGAUUUAGAGGAAAGAGGUACUACCACCAAAAAGUCAGAGAAUGAAACUUGGACUGGAAGUGAACCAAGAAAAGAAAACCAGCAUAGAGAGGAAGAGAAGCGCGAAGGGAGUCUCUCCAAUAAUCAGAUUGAUAAGCUGAUGGAGACAGGCAGUCUUCCAGUAAGUGCCAGUAAAGACCACAUGGAGGAGCAGCAGUGCAGGGCCGAGUCAACACUGGAGUCCCACACCCAGCCCUCAGAGACAGUGGGCAGCAGGCCUGGUUCUGACUCUUCUAAGAACUCUAGUAGAGAGGACAGCUGCCUGCUGCUGGGUGAAACAGGAGUCUACAAGGAUGUAGCCAAAAGAGAAGAAAUUGCUAAUAGACCUGCGGUGCUGAUUUCUGGUAAAUCAAUGGUAGAUCCCUUGAUUUUAUCAAGCAGUGAAAAUAUACCUCUUUCUCCUAAUUCUGAAGAUGAAAAUUUACAGACUAAAGGAAAUGUACUCCAAUGGCAACACCAGGAUGCCCCUGAUGUGACUGCAGGAGAACAACUUGAACACAAUGCAUUGAAUCAGCAGCAAUCCGAUCUUACAGACAGUGAUGGAAAAUUACCACCAGAAAAUGUGCAUUGUGAAAAUGACAAAACAUCUGACUAUGAACAUCCAAAACUACUUAUAACACCAGAGGAGUGGGGAGAGGAGGAAGAGGAGGAAGUAAAUAAAGAAACAAAAGAUUACUUAAACAAGCUUUUAGAAGGAUGCCUAAAAGACGCUGUUCUUUGUCUUCCAUAUGAAGAAAAUCAGGACGAUUCUGACACACUUCAAGAUCUUUCACCUGAAGAAGCUUCUUACAGUCUACAGGAUACUCUGCCUUCUGAUGAGAGCUGCCUUUCUCUUGAUGAUCUUGCAAAAAGGAUAGAGAUUGCAGAGGUUGUUCCAACAGAAGGAUUGGUGUCUAUAUUAAAGAAAAGAAACAAUAGUGAAGGAAAUCAGCUCACCCAAAUGCAGCAAAAAACAUCAAAGAGACGAGUGAGGUUCCAAGAAAUGGAAGACUCCUUAGAUCAGGAUGAAGUUGGUGGUGGCUCCUGUCUUUUACUGGUCUUGCUGUGUAUUGCAACGGUUUUCCUUAGCGUUGGAGGAACUGCAUUGUACUGUACCUUCGGUGACGUGGAAUCACCAGUAUGUACUGACUUUGCAGCCAACAUGGAUUUCUAUUAUACCAAGUUACUGCAGGGAAUAACGGAACUGAAGCACUGGAUAACCUUCUCAUAGCAGCAUUCGAGCCUCAAAGGCUAUUGGCAGUGAGAACCGAAGAUAUGAAAAUACUUCUGACUUCUGUCAUGUCCCGCUUUUAGUGGGAUUCCACAGACACCAGAGACUUCUUCAACAGAGACAGCCCCCACAGGGUGGAAGGAUGGCCAAGUCCUGAUGUCUCUGGGAGCACAUCAGUAUCUUCCAUGUCACUGCAAGUAGAAAUGGACAAAGCAUUCCUAUAACCACCCAUUUUUAGCCACCUUGAUAUGCUAACGGUUGAAGAUCACUUUUAGUUUACAUUUGUUUGUCCAAAGACGUUGCUUCCAGCUAUCAUGCAAUAAGUCUUGUGUGUCAUGAAAAGGAAUUACCUUAUAGUCUUAAUGUCUUUUUAAUUAUACUCGGGAGCUGUGUAAUCCAGGUUUAGUGAAUCAAUGUUUGCAAAGUGCACACCCCAUAGGUGAAAUAGUUGUAUGUAUUUGUCUAUCUGUCUCUAUUCUCAGGCAGUUAUUAUGAGCAAAUACCCAACACAGAAUAAUAACGAUUAUCAUUAUUCUUUUAACUUGAAUAUUGCUGUGCAGGCACAGAUUUUUUUCCCCAUUUUAACCAUUGUUUGACUCUACAACUGUGGAAGAGAAGGCUGGGAGUAGACAAUUGAAUUUCAGAAAUGUGGCUCUGGCACGGGAGCUUUGAUAGCAAUAAGCAGUUGACAGUAGUUGGUUUCUGACUAAUCCAAUUAGAUCAAAGAAUUCCUGCUGCUUCUCAGGCUUCCAGGCCUAACCCAGGGUUAGAAGAUGCUUCUAACAUGGUUUCCAUGCUCCUUAAUGUCAUGAAUGAAUGCUGUGUGUUCCAGUUUAGGCCUUUCAUGUGAAAAGCAAGCCUUUUUUGGCAAAUGAGACUACAACAUUGAGAUCAUUGGUUCAGUAUUAAGAAAUAAUGGCGUUUUACAUUUGAACGUGCAUUCAUAAAAUGAGUUUGAAUCACUUUCUCAACAAAUGUUCAAUCAUUUCUGAAAUUGAUGAACUCCCCAGGUAAUAAUAAUAAUAAUGUGGAACUAUCGCCCCUCUGAGGCUCAAUUGUCUAAACAUUUGCCAUUUCAUAUCAUAGACAGCAAUUACAUAUUACUGUUUUAUGCAGAAUAUUACUUUCUGAAUAAAAGUUAAGAAUUAUAAUUUUCCAGAAAGUAAUAUUUGUUUUACAUUAUUUUCAUGUCAGAAUCAUCUAAAAGAGGAAGGGAGAAAUCAAUUUUAUAUUUCUAUGUGUUACUGGCUGGUUCAGUGCCUCCCUUUGUGUUUCUGCUUAUUUAUUUAGGUUAAUUUUUAAGGGAUUUUUUUUUUUUUUUUUUUGUAAAUUAAAGUGUUGCUGAGCAUGCAUUCGGUUAUUUUUAAAGCUAUGUGUACAAUUAACGUACCAUUAAGUGUGUAUUUUGAUUUCUUGCAACUUAAUUUCAGAGUGUUUUUAAACUUGUUUAUUUUUAAAUCGAUGAUUUGUUUUCACCCAGAAGUACUGUUUGACUUAUCUGCAUCCUGUCACCAUAUAAUACCUUCAAGAGUUAUAGGUCAGAGAUAUUUAUUUAGAAGUGUAUAAGAUAUUGAGAUCAUGAAUCCUUAUACUUAAGACUGAUUUUAUUAGAAGAUAUUUUAAUGUUCUAUUAUAAAUUUUAAGAUAUUAAAAAGCCAAGGUGAUUUUUUUAAAGCAGUUCAGUUGCACUGUGUAUCCAAUUUAUACUCAAAUUCUAUAUAAAAUGUUAAUGGUACUCAUUCUUAUGUGGUUUUGUUGGUAAAGCCUGCUUACAAGGGCUUGAGUGAGUGGCCAGUAGCCAUAGGCAGAUGUCUUCUGUUUUGCUCUCAGUUUCUAAUUAUGAGAACUUCCAUGUCCAACAACCUGGCAGAUCCACAUUAAAACAAAAGUAAGGGUUUCCUCCCUCUUCCAGAGUCACACAGCUGAAGCCCUUCUCCUUCCAGGUCAUUUACUAUUGGAAUCUAUAGGAAAUCAGUGAUGGCUGUAUAUGCCUUUUAGAAUAUAAGGCCUUUUCCUUCUAGCAUAGUUCCUAUUGAUUUGUUGGGAAGUUUGCACAAAGCAUGGAGAUGAAAGGAAAUAAGAUGCACUGGUAAAAUUGGACAAGUGGUGCUUAGAGAGAACAUGGGUCUUGGAAAGAGCCCUAAGUGGGGAAAGAGGAGGUCAGUACAGUGUGGCCAGAGCACAAAGAUGCCUUGUCUUAAGAACAGGCUUAAAAUCUUAACAGAACAAAUUAGGGCAAUCUUUUUUUUAAAGUUUAAUAGCCAUUUAUUGCAUGACUUGGAGUAAUUCCAUUUAGUGAUGAAAGGGCUGUUUAACUCACAUGAAAAAUUUCACCUAAUUCUACAACAGUGUAAAAUUUUUCUGUAGUUUGAAGGUACUGAAAAUUUGUAACAAAUCUAAUAUUCUUGAAGAACUGUAUUUGAAAGCAUCAAAUCUAGCUUGUGAUUUAAAAUCUUCAACAAACAAAAA